AUACGAGUAGCACGUAUUUUCUCGCACUCACUUUAAGUAGUAUCCUACCAGCGUGCAAGCAAAAAGUAGAACACAAGCCUGGCCCUUUUUGAGAAGUAACAGGAAAAAUGGCGGAGGAAACGCAAGUUCUAGUAAAGUUUAUUACGAAACUGCCAGCUCACCUCAGAGUUCCAGAGACGCCAGUGGCCGUACCCGCAACCCUCAAACGCUAUGGCCUCUCCCAAAUCAUCAACCACCUCUUGGCGCUGGACCCGCCGCGUCCCUUCGACUUCCUGGUCGACGGCGAGCUGCUGCGUCGCUCCCUGGAGCAGCACCUGUUGGGGCACAACAUGUCGGCGGAAAGCACGCUGGAGGUGGAGUACGUUCCCGCGGUGGUGCCCCCGCCGCACAAGAACUCCACCCCGCAUGACGACUGGGUGAGCUCGGUGGACGCCUCCCGCUGCUCGGGUAGCACCUCCCCCUCCACAUCCUCCUCCUCCGAUGUCAUCCUGUCGGGCAGCUACGACGGACUGCUGAGGCUGUGGAACGCCAACCUGGAGUGUACGGCAUCCGUUGCGGCGCACGAGGGCGGCGUCAACUGCGUGCGCUUCCUGCCGCAAUCGCAGGGUGACUUGUUGGUGACAGCGGGCAAGGACCUGCAAGUCAAGAUGUGGCGCCUGGAGGCUCCUCAGGGCUCCUCCCCCUCGGGCCCCCGCUGCCGGCUGGUGGCCAGCUACCGCGGCCACGGGGACGCGGUGGAGGGGCUGGCGGCCAGCCCCAGCGGACAGCGGGUGGCUAGCUGCGGCUGGGACGGGCGCGUGCUGAUUUGGGAGGCAGGUCGCCAGGUGGCUGAGGCGGCGGAGGCGGAGGCGGCUGCCGGCGGGGCCUCAGAGGGCUCCAAGAAGAAGCGCCGAGUGGGGUCAGCAGCUGCGGAGGGGGC